UAAUUACCCGUCCGUAAUGUCACAGCAUAAUCCGCACGCCCAUCCGCACUACCAUCACCACCCACUGCACCAGUCGAACAACAACAACAACAACAACAACGACUAUCAAUCUGGGAUUGGGAUGUACUCGGCGCCGCCCAGUGCCCACUAUGGAUGCCUCGACCAGAAGCAGCACCAGCAGCAACAACAGCAACAACAGCAACAGCAGCAGCAGCAACAACAACAGGCACAAAUGCCACACAGCAAUUGGUACUCACAUGUUGCUUCCUACCCGCCAGUGCCACCCCACCACCAUGCGACGGCUACCUCCGCAUUUGCCGCCACCUCUACACCUUGCAAGGGCAGUAACAGUGGCAGUGGCAGUGUCAGCAGCAACAACAUGAAUGCGUAUGGGGUAGGCAGCACGCAUGGAUAUUAUGCUGCUGCUGCAGCCGCCGCCGCCGCCGCUGGCGGUGGGCUCAAUGUCAACGCUGUGGGUGGGGGUGGGGUCGGGUCCGUGGCUGCCGCAGCAGCCUAUAACCUUGAGGCAAACACAGUGGCAUAUGCACACAACCAGCUGCUGCAGUACCAACAGCACCAUCAGCAGCAGCAGCAGCAGCAGCAUCUCAGUCAGCGUUCCUAUAUGGGGCAUGAUAUAAUGUCCGGCACAUAUCCGUACAUCAAAAGCGAACCCAUGGAGGCCGCGUAUCAGCAGCCACCCCCCAAUCCGAUGGCCCCACCCCCAGCGCCAGAUAUGAUAAUAAAAUCGGAACCCAUGGAUGAACAUGCCUACAAGUCCAACUACAUUGAUGACAAUACGCCCUUUGCUGAUUUUAAUAAAUUCAAUGAAUUCAGCGGCGAUAUGCUGAGCCCCAAAGUGGAGCUAACCAUCAAGGAUGAGACCUAUGGAAAGACAUCCAGCGGCAGCAGCUUUGCACGCCGCAAAGUCCAACAGCAGCCGCAGCAACAGCCACAGCUGCCAACGACAGAUCGUUCAGCGGAGAGUCUGCCCAUUUGUCAGCGCUGCAAGGAGGUGUUCUUCAAGAAGCAAUCCUACCUAAGGCAUGUGGCCGAGAGCAGUUGUGGCAUACAGGAGUACGAUUUCAAGUGCAACAUUUGCCCCAUGUCCUUCAUGACCAGCGAGGAGCUGCAGCGGCACAAGCAUCUGCAUCGUGCGGACAAGUACUUUUGCCACAAAUACUGCGGCAAGCAUUUCGAUACGAUAGCCGAGUGCGAAACGCAUGAGUACAUGCAGCACGAGUAUGACAGUUUCGUUUGUAAUAUGUGCUCGGGUACCUUUGCCACACGUGAGCAGCUGUACGUCCACUUGCCGCAGCACAAGUUCCAGCAGCGUUACGACUGUCCCAUCUGUCGCUUGUGGUAUCAAACGGCCGUCGAAUUGCAUGAACAUCGACUGGCGGCUCCAUACUUUUGCGGCAAAUACUACACCAAUCAACAGCAGCAGCAACAGCAGCAGCAGCAGCUGCAGGGGAACUACAAGCUGCAGGACUGCCAUAUGGCCACCAUGGAGAUGCCCACAUUGCCCACAGCACCUAUUCUUAAGGCACCAACGAACUGCAAUGCUUCGGUGCUGCCAGCCACCGCGGCUUUGAGCUCUCUGCUGCAGCAGCGGCAGGCGAAUGCCGAUGGAGCAGCUGCCAUGUUUGCUGCGGCCUCCUCCUCCUCCUCCUCCGCCGCCGCGGCCGCCACCUCUGUCUCGCUAAAGAGCGAGGUGAGCGUGAAGCUCGAGCGCAGCUACAGCAACUCCACCAGCGAGUCCUCGUACAGCCAUCAGGACAACAGCAGCUACAACAAUGCCUAUGGCAGCGACAGCUCCAUUCAUGGCGGUGCACUGGCCGGACCACAGGCGCACUCCUCAACGCUAGACGACUCGGAGGAUGCUUUGUGCUGUGUGCCGCUGUGCGGCGUGCGUAAGAGCACCAGUCCCACGCUGCAGUUCUUUACAUUCCCCAAGGACGACAAGUAUCUGAAUCAGUGGCUGCACAACCUCAAGAUGUUCCACAUACCGGCGGCCAGCUAUGCGACAUUUCGCAUCUGCAGCAUGCACUUCCCGAAGCGUUGCAUCAAUCGGUAUUCGCUGUGCUAUUGGGCGGUGCCCACCUUCAAUUUGGGCCACGACGAUGUCGCCAAUCUGUACCAGAAUCGCGAGCUAACCAACACCUUCACCACCGGCGAGGUGGCCCGUUGCAGCAUGCCGCACUGCACCAGCCAGCGGGGCGAGAGCAAUCUGAAGUUCUACAAUUUCCCCAAGGACAUCAAGAGCCUGAUCAAGUGGUGCCAGAAUGCGCGCCUGCCAGUGCAGGCCAAGGAGCCGCGUCACUUUUGCAGCCGCCACUUUGAGGAUCGCUGCAUUGGCAAGUUCCGUCUGAAGCCCUGGGCCGUGCCCACGCUCCAUCUGGGUGCGCAGUACGGCAAGAUCCAUGACAAUCCCAAGAAUCUGUAUGUGGAGGAGAAGCGCUGCUGCCUGAACUUUUGCCGUCGCAGCCGCUCCUCGGACUUUAACAUGUCGCUGUAUCGCUUUCCACGCGAUGAGGUGCUCCUGCGACGCUGGUGCUAUAAUUUAAGGCUCGAUCCGGGCGUCUAUCGUGGCAAGAAUCAUAAAAUAUGCAGUGCACAUUUCAUCAAGGAAGCGCUGGGCCUGAGGAAGCUAUCGCCAGGAGCCGUGCCCACAUUGCAUUUGGGACACAAUGACACGUUUAAUAUCUAUGAGAACGAGCUGUGGCCACCGCCAUCACCCACUGGACAGCAUGGCCAGCUUCUACCGCAGCAGCAGCAGCAGCAGCCGUCGCAGCAUCAACACUCUCCAUCAAUGCACAGCAAAUCCUCGUAUCAGCGACAUUCGGCAGCCUCCACUUCAUCCUCUGCCAGUUCGGCGUCGCAUUAUGUGGAUGCCGAGAUGAGUGCCUCGUAUUUGAGCCUCUCUGCGGCUGGCUCCUCGGGCGGCAUGAAUGCCAGCGACUGCAUGGACGUGUGCUGUGUGCCCAGCUGUGAGAGCAAGCGGCACAACAGCGAGAACAUCACAUUCCACACGAUACCGCGCCGGCCGGAGCAGAUGCGCAAGUGGUGCCACAAUCUGAAGAUACCCGAGGACAAGAUGCACAAAGGGAUGCGGAUAUGCAGCCUGCACUUUGAGCCCUACUGCAUUGGCGGCUGCAUGCGUCCGUUUGCCGUGCCCACGCUGCAGUUGGGGCACGAGGAUCUGGAGGACAUACACCGCAAUCCGGAUGUGAUCAAGAAGCUGAACAUACGCGAGACCUGCUGCGUGGCGGUGUGCAAGCGGAAUCGCGACCGAGACCAUGCCAAUCUGCAUCGUUUCCCCAGCAAUGUGGCGCUGCUGACCAAGUGGUGUGCGAAUCUGCAGCGGACAGUGCCCGAUGGCAGCAAACUGUUCAACGAUGCCAUCUGCGAGGUGCACUUCGAGGACCGUUGUCUGCGCAACAAGCGGCUGGAGAAGUGGGCGGUGCCCACGCUGAUGCUCGGCCACGAGGACAUGGCCUAUCAGCUGCCCACUCCGGAGCAGGUGGCCGAGUUCUAUGCCAGGCCGACCGCCCCGAACAAUGGCGAGGAGCAGGGCGAGUGCUGUGUGGAGACGUGCAAACGAAAUCCCAGUGUGGAUGACAUCAAACUGUAUCGGCCGCCGGAGGACAGCUCGGUGCUGGCCAAAUGGGCGCACAAUCUGCAAACGGAGGCCGCAGCUCUCACCAACGGACUGCGGAUAUGCAAUCUGCACUUUGAGGCCCACUGCAUAGGCAAGCGGAUGCGUCCGUGGGCCAUACCCACCCUCAAUCUGGCCGGCAACAUUGAGAACCUCUACGAGAACCCGGAGCACUCGAUGCUGUACAAGCGACGGACGCACCUCAAACAGAAGGUGCCCGUGGCGAAGCCCACGUGGGUGCCACGUUGCUGCCUGCCGCACUGCCGCAAGGUGCGUGCCCAGCACAAUGUCCAGCUGUAUCGCUUCCCCAAACUCAACCGCUCCACGCUGGCCAAGUGGGCGCACAAUCUGCAAGUGCCGCAGGUGGGCAGUGCCCAGCGGCGAGUCUGUUCCGCACACUUUGAGCCGCAUGUCCUCAGCAAGAAGUGCCCGGUGCCGCUGGCGGUGCCCACACUGGACCUCAACUCGCCCGCUGGCCACAAGAUCUACCAGAAUCCGGCCAAGCUGAAGGCCAACAAGCUGUGCCUGCAGCGGGUAUGCAUUGUGGAGAGCUGCCGGAAGACCAGGGCCCAGGGCGUUCAGCUCUUCCGUCUGCCGCACAGCCCCACGCAGCUGAGGAAGUGGAUGCACAACAUCAGGACACGCCCAAGGGCGGCCAUGAGGAGCCAGUAUCGUGUGUGUUCGCGUCACUUUGAGACGCACUCCUUCAAUGGGCGCCGACUGAGCGCGGGGGCCAUUCCCACGCUGGAGUUGGGCCACGACGACGAUGACAUCUUCCCGAACGAAGCGCAGGCCUUUGCGGAUGAGCACUGCGCCGUGGAGGGCUGUGAAUCGUCCAAGGAGCAGGCCGAGGUGCGUCUCUUCCGCUUCCCCACGGACGACGACGACAUGCUGUGGAAGUGGUGCAACAAUCUGAAGAUGAAUCCCGUCGACUGCAUCGGUGUGCGGAUAUGCAACAAGCACUUCGAUGCGGAUUGCAUCGGGCCGAAGCAUCUGUACAAGUGGGCCAUACCCACGAUGCUGCUGGGCCACGAUGACUCCCAGAUCGAGCUGAUACUCAAUCCGAAGCCGGAGGAGCGCUAUGUGGAUCCCGUGUUCAAGUGCAUUGUGCCCACGUGCGGCAAGACGCGUCGCUUCGAUGAGGUGCAAAUGAACAGCUUCCCCAAGGAUGCGGAUCUCUUUCAGCGCUGGCGUCACAAUCUGAGGUUGGAGCAUUUGUGCUUUAAGGAGCGCGAGAAGUACAAGAUAUGCAAUGCCCACUUCGAGGACAUGUGCAUUGGCAAGACGCGUCUGAACAUUGGCUCGAUACCCACCCUGGAGCUGGGCCACGCGGAAACUGAGGAUCUGUUCAAGGUGAAUCCGGCUGAGCUGCAGAGCAACCUAUUUGGACGUCCGCGUCGACUGCUGCGAGGAUACAACAAUGUGAGCAUCAAACAGGAGCCGCCAGAGUCGCAGGAGGAGCAGCAGCAGGACGUGAAGCCCGAUAUGGGCACGGAUUUUACACAGGUUAAAAUCAAGAAAUCUCUUGGAGACAUCAAGUGUUGUGUGCGCACCUGCGGCCGCAGUCGCCUGGAGCAUGGGGCGCGUCUCUUUCCCUUUCCCAACGGCAAGCAGCAGCACCUCAAGUGGCGCCACAAUCUGCGCCUCGAGCCGGACGAAGUGGACAAAUUGACGCGCGUGUGCAGCGCCCACUUCAACCGGCGCUGCAUCGAUGGCAAGCAGCUGCGUGGCUGGGCCAUGCCCACACAGCAGCUGGGCCACCAGGAGCAGCCCAUCUACGAGAAUCCCAAGAAUAUUCCGGGCUUCUUUACGCCCACCUGUGCGCUGGGACACUGCCGCAAGCGGCGUAGCAUUGACAACGAUUUGCGCACGUAUCGGUAUCCGCGCAGCGAGGAUCUGCUCGAGAAGUGGCGGGCGAAUCUCGGCCUGUCGCUGGAUCAGUGCCGUGGCAGGAUCUGUGCGGAUCACUUUGAGCCGCAGGUGCGUGGCAAACUGAAGCUAAAGACGGGCGCUGUGCCCACACUAAAGCUGGGCCAUGAGGAGGCUCUGAUCUACGACAAUGAGGCUAUAAAGGCGGGCGUGGCCGAAGAGGAGGCGGCGGCGGCGGCAGCGGGCAGUGCCUCGCCUCUGGUGAUACCCAAAACGGAAGUGCUGGACGAGGAGGAGCGCGAGGAAGAUGAGGAGGAGGAGGAUGACACGCCCGAAGGAGCAGAGCAGCUGAGGGAUGAGGAUGACGAUGAAGACGACGAUGAGGAUCCUGGCAACUAUUUUGAUCCUUUGGAGCUGGUGGAGACGUAUGCAGAGCAUCCCAGCGACGACGACGACGACGAGGCAGGAGAGAAGGAUGCCAGAGAGGAUGAGGAUGAGGAGGAGGAGGAGGCAGAAACUCUACUGCCUGAUACACCACCCAAAUCGUCAGCAGUCCUUCGCAUGCCCAAACCAUGGGACAGACCUGCUGCCGCUGCCGCUGUCGCCUCCGCUGUAGUUGUGCCGCGCCGCGAGAAGCGUCCGAAUAACGUGGAUCCCAUCUGCUGCCUCAAGCACUGCCGCAAGGAACGCUCCGCCAUGUAUUUGCUGAGCACCUUUGGCUUCCCCAAGGACCAGCAGCUGCUGCUCAAGUGGUGCGCCAAUCUCCAAAUGGACCCCUCCGGCUGCAUUGGUCGCGUCUGCAUCGAGCACUUUCAGUCGGAGGUGCUGGGCACGCGCAAACUCAAACAGAAUGCGGUGCCCACGCUCAAUGUGGGCCACGAUGCGCCACUGCGUUACAGCUGCAACGGCCAGGAGAUCUCCGCCAACAGCAACAGUUUUCCGGAUGAAAUGCCACAGCAUUCGGUUUUUCGGCUUUGGAGCCUGAAACACUGCCGCAAGAGGAAGCUGUCGGAGAGUUCAGCUCCAGCUCCAGCAGCGAUCAAGAAGGAGCAGCAUCAGCAGCAGCAUCAGCAGCAGCAGCAUCAGCAGCAGACACCGAUGGAGAUGGAGAUGCAGAUGGAGCUGGAGCUGGAGACUAAACCAAAGAUUUGCUGCCUGCCCAGCUGUGGCAAUGUGGAGGGUUAUGGCCUCGGCGGGCACUUCCAGCCGCUGCCCGUGGACCAAAGACUGCUCAAAAAGUGGCAGCACAACCUAAGGCUACCCACCAUCAAUUCCGACACGGAACUUCGUCUGUGCCUGGAGCACUUUGAGCCGCAACAAAUCGAGAAUGGCUGCCCCGUGCGGAUGGCAGUGCCGACUGUCAAGCUGGGCCACACCAGUCCGAAUAUCUUCAGGAACAGCGAGGGCUCCCGGCUGCCCGGCUGCCUGUGGCCCUCGUGUCCGCCCAAUCGCAAGCUGUGCUACGACCUGCCGGAGCAUGAGGCUGUCCGCGUGGCCUGGCUGUCGUAUGUGCGGCUGCCAGUGGACAGCCAGGGACGCCUCUGUGGCCUGCACUUCUUGCAGCUGUACGAGGAGGUGGAUCUGCCGGGAGACGUGCCCGAAAAGGUGCUCGAACGACUGCAGGAUACCUACGAUCAGGCCUCCAUCUCGCUGAAGUUUCAGUGCUCCGUGCUGGGCUGUGGCUCCAAAUACAAGCAGGACACGCAUCUGGCGAAGCUGCCACGCGACGCCCAGCUGCUGGCCAAGUGGCUGCACAACACCAGAAUCUCAUACGAUCGCUCCCUGCACUUUAGCUAUCGCAUUUGCCUGCUGCACUUUGAGGCGCUCUGCUUGAAUGGCCACAGGCCACAGACGUGGGCCAUACCCACACUGCAGCUGAAUCACGACGGGGAGAUCUACCAGAAUAGCGUCAAGCAGGAGCUGCUUGAGAAUCCUCCGAAGCAGGAGUUGCUGGAGAACCCUCCGAAGCAGGAGUCCGAGAAUCACGAGACUCCCGUGAAGCAGGAGAAGCAGGAGAAGCCUCACUGCAGCCUCAGUCUCUCGAUUCCGCUGCACAUCAAGACGGAGCAGGUCACUCCUGUGCUGCGGGGCACAUCCUCGCUGAGCAGUCCCUGCCUCAGUGCCAGCUCCAGUCCCCGCGCGAAGAACCGAGUCUGCUGCAUACCCAACUGCGGGGAGAUGCCACCCAGAUCCCAGCGGCUGCAUCGCUUUCCCACCGCCGAACCGACGCUGCUCAAGUGGCUGGUGAACACACAGCAAAAACCGGGACUGGUGGACAUUCAGAGUCUGUUUGUGUGCCAGCUGCACUUUGAGGCGGAUGCCAUUAACCAGACGCAGCUGAGAAGCUGGGCCGUGCCCACACUGCGGCUGGGCCACGAUGGCCAUGUCAUACCGAAUGCCCGGCACAAUGGGAACAUUGCCAACAGCCAGGAGACGGAGCAGGCCAUGGAGUUCAUUCGGGCCAACUACUGUUCGGUGCUGAGCUGCUUCCAGCCGAAGGGCGAGGGUGUGCGCUUCCACAAGUAUCCCAGCGACAUUGCCAUGGUGCGCAAGUGGGCCACAAAUCUCAAGCAUCGCUCCAUGCAGGCCAGCAGCCAUGGCUUUCUCGUCUGCCAGUCGCACUUUCCAGCCGAAUGCUUCGAUCCGGGCACGGGAGAGCUACGCGCGGAUGCCGUACCCGUCGCUAGUAGUGUGAAAACGGAGAGCCUGCCGCUGCAUUGCCUGGUGAGAGGUUGCUCCGCCGAUAACCUCGGCAAGGAGGGGCGGCUGCUGUUCAAGGUGCCAAAGAAGAAUCGCGUGCGGGAUGCAUGGGCCCACAAUCUGUGGAUGCAUCCGAUCGAGCUGAUGGGCGAGCAACACAUCUGCGAGCGGCACUUCGAGGCGCACUGCGUCAAUGAACAGAAAAUGCUGCACGCGGGCUCAGUGCCAACGCUCCACCUCGGACACACUGAACCGCUGGAACUGCUGCCCAACCCACAGACCUUUAACGAGUGCCAGGAGGAGUGCGUGUGCUGUGUGCCCGGCUGUGGGCGCAGCAAUCGAAAGAAUAGCCAGGAGGAGCUGCAGUUCAGCAAAUUCCCCAAGUGGCGGGUGCUCUACGACAAGUGGCUGCACAACUUCCGCCUGGAAGUGCCCAAGGAGCAGCGCAUUGGUACGCUGCGCGUCUGCCACACGCACUUUGAGGAGAGCUGCUUUGAGCCGGAGCAGGGUGGCGUGCGACGGGGAGCCAUGCCCACACUGCAGCUGGGACACUCGCAUCCGGACAUUUAUCGCACGGACAAGGGAUCGCUGUGGAAGAAGGUGCACAAGAGAUUCAGCGACUGCUGCUAUCCGGAUUGCUACGAGGACUGCCACAAGGCCAACACCAAUCGCAUGGUCUACGAACUGCCAGGCGCGGGGCCGCUACGUGAGGCCUGGCAGCAGCAUUUGGGCAUCCCCGACAGCGGCUCCUCGGUGCUCCUCAGGCUCUGUGCCCUCCACUACAUCAUGCUGUACGAGCACAGCGAGCAGAACUUGCCCGAGCACGCAGCAGAUCUCCUGCUGCUGGCCAAGAACUACGCGCACGCCCGCCAGUUGGCCUAUCUGCGACGCUUCAUGUGUGCCGUACAGGGCUGUCGCCAUUUGCAGCCGCGGGACGGGGGAUCGAUGCAUGGCAUACCCAGGCGGCGGCAGAUACUUCGCAUGUGGGUGGAGAAUGCGCAGCUUCGGCUGAACGAGCACGAGAUUUACAUGACGAAGCUAUGCAGCAAACACUUUGAGCCGCACUGCCUGUUCGAGGGCAAGAAGUGCUAUCCGUGGAGUGUGCCCACGCUCCAUCUGCCCGCGCUGCUGCCGGGUCAGGUGCUGCACCAGAAUCCCACCACGGAGGAGUGGCAGCAAAUGAAGCAGCGCAUGAAAAUGGAGGAGCAGACGCUGAGGGCGGAACCGCAGCCCGAUGGAGGACUACAAAUGGAGCCCUACGUUAAGAUGGAACCGCACGACGAUGACGAUAGAUCGCAAACGGAGUCGGAAUUGCUGGUAAAUGAGAGCACCAUGGACGACUCGCAGGAGACGGACUUUCAAGCGAAUGAGCCACUGGAGGUGCUGCUGGAGGUGGGCCAUGUGGAGCGGCUGGAGAGCUACGAGAAGAAGGAUUACCCCGCCGUCAGCUAUGCGGUGCCGCCGGCGCCGCCGCCGAAACGUUUCCGCCAUCCGUACAGUGCCCACAAGUGCAGUGUCGCGGGCUGUGGCGUCUCGCUCGAGGAUGUGGGCGGCAAUCUGAAGCUGCACAAGCUACCCAGCGCCACGGAGGCGACCCGCAAGUGGCUGUACAACAUACAGGUGGACAUAGAGGACAAAUGGCGGAUACGCGUCUGCAGUCAUCACUUUGACAGGCAGUGCCUGAAUGGCUCGCGGCUCAGGCGGGGAUCGAUGCCCACGCUGCUGCUGGGGCCACGAGUCCCGGCGACUAUCCACCAGAAUGAGUUUGCGCCGCUGCCGUUGGACGAUGCGGCGCCAGCAGCAGCGAAUGGAGCAGCACCGAUCCACGUGGAGCCAUCCAUUGGCAAGGUGUUGCACCCGUGCGUGCCGCGGCCCUCGCCGCCGCGAAAGUCCAGCAAAUUCUGCCAGAUCGAGGGAUGUGCGAACCACUUGACCAGCGAGCAUAUGACACUGCACAAGUUCCCGCACUCCGCGUGGAUCUGCACCAAGUGGCAGCACAACACCCAGGUGCCAUUCGAUCCGGAGUACCGCUGGCGCUAUCGCAUCUGCAGCGCCCACUUCCACCCCGUGUGCAUGGUCAAUAUGCGGCUGCUGCAUGGCAGUGUGCCCACCCUCAAGCUGGGCCCGCGGGCACCCGCCGAGCUCUUCGACAGCGACUUUGAGGCCAUAAACAUCAAGAUUGAGAAGCUGGAGAAGAUGGAGCGGAGGGCGGAGGCUCAGAGAGUCACCACCAGUCGCAGUCACAGUCACCAUUCCACCAUGCCGGACAUGGGGGAGGUCAGACUGAAGGUCAAGACUGAGCAGCUGGACGAUGGCAGUGGACCAAUGCAGGAGCAGGAGCAGGAGGAGGAGGAGGGGGAGGAGGAUGCCAUGCUCUACCUGGAGCCAGAGAUGCAGCUGUACGAGGAUCAGGAGGAGCAGCAACAGAGGCCACAGGUAAAUGGUGGCUGGAAAACGGAACUCCGUUUGCCAUCAAAGGGCAGGGUGGCCUUCAAUCCGGUGCGUUCGGGCUACGACAAGUGCUCGCUGAUGCACUGCCAGCGCCAGAGAUCGAAGCACGGCGUCCACAUCUACAAGUUCCCCCGCUCGCAGGAGCACCAGCAGCGAUGGAUGCACAAUCUGCGCAUCCGCUACGACGAGAAGCGUCCCUGGAAGUUCAUGGUGUGCAGCGUGCACUUUGAGCCGCAUUGCAUACGGCUGCGGAAGCUGCGACCCUGGGCAGUGCCCACACUGGAGCUGGGCGACAAUGUGCCCGAGGAUAUCUACACGAACGAGCAGUGCCAGAUGUUUGCCAGUGGCCAGGCAGGAGGCGAGGUCCAUGGCAUUGACAGCGAUGCGGAGGCAGAGGCAGAGGUGGAGGCGGAGGCAGAGAGCGAUGGGAAUGAGGAGGAUGGCCUGCAAGAGGACGAGGAUGAGGAGACAGAUGACCAGGAGCCCAGCACCGCUAAGAAGCGUCGUCGUUCGCGACUGGAUGCGGCUGGAUGGCCGCCCGGCCAGGUGCCACCGUGGAAGGUGAAGCAGUGCUGUCUGCCCUACUGCCGCAGUCCGCGCGGCGAUGGCAUCAAGCUGUUCCGACUGCCCAACAAAGUCAACUCCAUUCGCAACUGGGAGCUGGCCACGGGCAUGAAGUUCAAGGAGUCGCAGCGCAACACGCGGCUCAUCUGCAGCCGCCACUUUGAGCCGGAGCUGAUUGGAGUGCGUCGUCUCAUGCGCAAUGCCAUUCCCACCAGGCAUUUGGGACCCACGGCCGUCACGGGCGAUGUGAAGCCAGUGCUGGUGCCACCGAGCACAGCUGGUCCCAAAUGCUGCAUGGCCGAUUGCGCCUACGAUGUGGCCGAUGUGAAGCUGCACAAGUUUCCCAGCAAUCCCAAGCUACUGAGGGAGUGGUGCCAGGCAUUGAGAGUCACCGACAUGCAGAGGUAUCGCGGCAAGCACAUUUGCUCCGCCCAUCUGCCCGUACACAAGGCCGUGCACUGCAUUGUGUGUGGCACGGACAGCGUCCCACUGCUGCCGAUGCUUAACUUUCCCGCCAACCGGAAUCAGCGGGCCAAAUGGUGCUACAACCUGAAGAUCGAAACGAUACCCAAGUGGGACAUAUCCAAGCACAUUUGCUGCAAACACUUUGAGCCAUAUUGCUUUGCGGCGGCGGGUCUACUCAAGCCAGAGGCUGCGCCCACACUGCAUUUGAAUCACAAUGAUACAAACAUAUUCCUUAACGAUUGUGCCAUAAAUCCCGCCUACACAGGUGUAGGUGUAGGCGCAGGAGUGCUGCGGGUAAAGGAUGAGCCCAUGGACAAUCAGGUCCUAUCGUUGUUGUAGAAACAAAGCGAAACGAAGCAGUUUCAAUUAGUGUUUAGAUGUAACAUUUUAUGGGCAUAAUUAACUCGUACACAUCACAUCACAUCACACAUUUGUCUAGUUUUUAAAGCGUAAAGUGAAUUAUUUAUCAUUUAGUAUUUUAAAUGCGUUAUCGGAAAUGGCAGUAUGGAAAGUGAAAUGCCAUAAAAACAAACAAAACACAAAACAAAAACUCAAACUAAAAACACAACACAAAACAUGUUCCUUAAGUUUUUCGUUAUUACUUUUAAUACAUAUACAUUAUACAUUUUAUUCUGUGACAAAAUUUAAUUCGUUCUCAUUUCCAUAUACACAUAAACAUAUAUACAUAAAUAUAAACUAUGUAUGUACUAUGUAACACCCUUGAGCGUAUAGUAUAUGUAACGUAUGUGUGUGUAAACCUGUAGGCGAUCUUCCCCCCCACAAACACAAUUAUUUGGUGUUUUUCUAAAUA